AUGGCAAUGGCAAAGACAACCAAAAAUGAUAUUGACGGCCACGUCGACCGUCUCACAAUCCCAUUCGAGCAUCUGAGACGAAAAGAUGUCGCACUAGUAGGCGGCAAGAAUGCCUCACUCGGCGAAAUGAUUGGAACUCUUGCAGCUGAAGGGAUCUCCGUCCCUCCAGGAUUUGCGACAACUUCACAAGCGUACUGGCAGUUUGUCAAGUACAAUGGCAUUCAGGACAAAAUUGCUUCAUUGAUUGCGGAAUGGCAAUCCGGCCGAGCUCGUUUGGACUACACGGGGCACUCAAUUCGAGACUUAUUUCUGCGAGGUCAUUGGCCGAGUGGUAUCGCGGAUGAGAUCAAGAGAGGGUAUAGCGACAUGCAGGCCCAACUUGGAGUUGAGGGCUUGAGCGUCGCGGUUCGGUCAAGUGCCACGGCGGAGGAUUUGCCCGAUGCUAGUUUCGCAGGGCAACAAGAAUCUUACUUGAACAUCUCUGGAGUGGACAAAUUGCUUCAUGCUUGCAAGAGCUGCUACGCUUCACUUUUCACCGAUCGUGCACUGGGAUAUCGUCAGGCUAAAGGGUUUGAUCAUCUGCGUAUUGCACUCUCCAUUGGUGUGCAGCGGAUGGUUCGCUCUGAUACCAGUGGCUCUGGUAUCAUGUUCUCCAUUGAUACAGAGAGUGGCUUUGAUAAAAUUGUGCUCAUCAAUGCAUCUUGGGGCCUUGGAGAGAAUAUUGUGCAAGGAAUUGUCAAUCCAGACGAGUAUCGCGUCUUCAAGCCGCUUCUGCACGAUGACUCGUUCGAGCCGAUCAUUGAGAAGAAGCGAGGGGAUAAGUCGACCAAACUCAUAUAUGGCAAUGGGGAUUCUGCGACUCGCAAUGUACCGACCUCUAAGGCGGAGCAAGCGGCUUUCACCUUGUCGGAUCGAGAGAUCCUCCAAUUGAGCCGAUGGGCGUGCACGAUUGAGAAGCACUACGGCUGUCCUAUGGAUAUCGAGUGGGCCAAAGACGGCCUGACGAAUGAAUUGUUCAUUGUUCAGGCACGUCCAGAGACAGUCCAAUCAACCCGAGACAUGUGCGGAGAGUUCAAAACCUAUGAAGUCACCAACAAAGGUCGAGUCUUGACGUCCGGGUUGUCUAUUGGAGAUGCAGCCGUAUCUGGUCAACUCUGCCUUAUCGAAGGGAAACACGAUCUCGACAAGUUUGUGACCGGGUCAGUUCUUGUAGCGAAAGUGACUGACCCAGACUGGGUCCCCCUCAUGAAACGGGCUGUUGCUAUUGUCACGGAUCAGGGUGGACGGACUUCACACGCAGCCAUUGUCAGUCGCGAGCUCGGACUUCCAGCAAUUGUCGGAACAGGAGAUGCCACUUAUACUCUCCAUUCUGAUCAGAAUGUGACGGUGUCUUGUGCCGAGGGCGAGCAUGGCUUUGUCUACGAGGGCAAAUCUGAGAUCGUGACCCGAACACUAGAUAUAAGCAGCUUGCCUCCAGUGAACACAAAAAUCAUGAUCAAUCUCGCGAAUCCAGGAGCGGCAAGCCGCUGGUGGCGACUUCCCGUGGAUGGGAUCGGUCUUGCGCGAAUGGAAUUUGUGAUCAGUAACGCGAUUCGUAUCCACCCGAUGGCUCUUGUCCACUAUGAGCGAUUGAAAGAUGACAAGGCCAAGAAUCAGAUCGCCAAGUUGACCUCGGGAUAUGGCCACAAGCCCGACUAUUUCGUCGAACAGCUCUCACGUGGCUUUGCGGCGCUAUGUUCCACUGUCUAUCCCAAGCCAGCUAUUCUCCGCCUCAGUGAUUUCAAAACCAAUGAAUAUUCAGAUCUUAUCGGAGGAUCUGAAUUUGAGCCAAAAGAGGAGAAUCCCAUGUUAGGUUUCCGCGGUGCCUCCCGGUAUUACUCGUCCCAUUACAGGGACGGAUUUGCCUUGGAGUGUCGAGCGAUCAAACGGCUUCGAGAAAAGAUGGGCUUCACCAACGCAAUCGUCAUGGUGCCGUUCUGCCGCACGGUGCACGAAGCAAAGGAAGUGCUCAAAGUGAUGGCAGAAAACGGACUCGUCCGUGGCGAGAAAGGUCUGCAGGUGUACGUUAUGUGCGAAAUCCCUUCCAACGUGAUUUUGGCUGCUCAGUUUGCCCGUUACUUUGAUGGCUUUUCAAUCGGUUCCAACGACCUGACGCAAUUGACUCUUGGGGUGGACCGUGAUUCAGCCGAGCUUGGAGAUCUGUUCGAUGAGCAGGACGAAGCUGUGAAAUGGAUGAUCGAUCGAGUGAUUCGCGUGGCCCAUGAAAACGAUUGCAAGGUUGGAAUCUGUGGCCAGGCCCCAAGUGACCAUCCUGAGUUUGCCGCUUUCCUGGUCAAUUCCGGUAUUGACUCGAUAUCCGUGAGUCCAGAUAGUUAUGUUCCAGUGAGAAAUGCCAUGGCAGGUGUUCAAUCAAGGAAAUAG